AUGCCUCCAAAGAAAAGCAAAAAGCAGGUUUUAUCACUUGGCGAAUUCCUCGUCGAUGAUACAUUAGGAUCAUGGGCAGACGAAAUGGAUUCGCUGCCAAAUGCGCCUGCAGCGCGAUCAGACGACGAUCCGAGGUCAAAUGAUCGCUACGGACGUAGAGGAGAUGAUUUCCUCGCUUCGAAACCCGACAGAGGUCCAAGGAUGGAGCACCAACGCGACGAUGUCCCGCUUCCCACCAACCCACCUUACACCGCCUUCAUUGGCAACCUACCUUUCGACAUUACUGAGGGAGAGAUGGAAGAGUUCUUCGGCCCACAGACCAAGUCCGUUAAGAUAAUCAAAGACAGAGACGAGAAGCCCAGAGGCUUUGGUUAUGUCGAGUUCGUUGAGCUCGAUGGCCUGAAGGAAGCGUUAGCCAAGUCUGGCUCCUCAUUCUCCGGCCGAACAAUCCGUGUCAGCGUUGCCGAGCCACCCAAAGAACACGCCGGCGGUUUCGGCAGAGAGGACGAUGGCAAAUUUGACAAUCCGUGGAGACGGGAUGGUCCGCUUCCGGAUGCCCCAGAUCGUGACCCCUCUCGGCGCCGUUUCGAUGGGCCACCUGGGGGACGCGACAGAGAAGCACCCCCGCCGAGCGUAUCUGAUGGCGCCGAUCAAUGGCGCUCCAGUCGUUCAAGAGCGCCAGAACCGGAGCCACAAGCAAAACGUAGCAGAGGACCUGCAUUUACCUCUGGUGCCGCAGAUAAUGAAGAUUCGUGGGCCAUAGGUUCCAAGUUCAAGCCCAGCGCGCCCUCAGAGGAUGGUUCAUCGAGUCGAUUUGGAAGUGCGCGAGGACGCGGCGACAUGGGGCCACCACCGACUAGAGAGAUACCAACCGAUGAUGAUUGGAGGAGGCCCAGGCCUGCCGGUCGCAAUAGUGCUUCCCCUACAAACUCAACGCCAGCCACCCCUCAAAUGGGCCGCAGGAAGCUAGAACUCUUACCCCGCUCGGGUGGUAGCUCUGUUUCGCCCACACCGCUGGCGUCCCCGAAAGGCGACAGGGAUGGUAGCACGCCAAUUCCACGUUCUAACCCAUUUGGCACGGCUCGGCCCGUUGAUGUUAGCAACCGCGAGAAGGCCGUGGAAGAACGCCUAGAAAAGGACCGUGAAUCGACGAAGGAACGGUUGAGCAUGUCGCGGACAAGUUCACGCCAAGCGUCAGAGCGCCCUCCAAUCACUCCACGGACGAGCAAUCCACGGCCCGCGUCGCCUCGUUUAGGCGCAAACAAACCACCUACCGCCGCUGCCGGCGUUCGUCCCACGUUCAGCUUCGCGGCUAUUGCAAAACGCGACGGUUCUGUGAAAGCAGACGAUGAUAACGAGGAAAAACUAGAUCAAGUCCAGUCAGUCCAGGACAAACUAGGAGAGGUCGUCAUUUAA